GUGGCGGCGCGGUCUCGGUGAUACUGCUCGUUGGUCGGCAGCACCAUGUUCAGCGGGACGGUGCGAGUGAGGGUUUGUGAGGCGACGGGUCUCAGGCCGACCGACUUUCAGAAAAGGCACACUGUGACCUUCGGGAAACCAGACGACCAGCCGAUAGACCCGUACGUCUCGAUCGACGCCGACGAGCACCAUCUAGACCGUUCGACCACCAAACCCAAAACAUUCGAUCCAGUCUGGAAUGAAACCUUCAUACACGAGGUGCACAAUGUCACCAGUUUGGGGAUCACUGUAUUUCACGACGCCGCUAUACCGCCAGAUGACUUUGUGGCAAAUUGCACCAUUCCAUUUGAAGAUCUGAUGCAUAGAGAUAAAGAAGCCACAGAUUUUUGGGUGGACCUAGAACCUCAAGGGAAGUUGCAUCUCAAAAUUGAUCUGAAAUGGAAUUCUCAAGCGGGCAGCGUGGAGACGAGCCGCGGCGGCGCGGCGCCGGCGGCGGGCGGCGGCGGCGCGGCGCGCGGCCGCGAGUUCAAGGAGGGCGCCGGGUUCGCGCGCCGCCGCGGGGCCAUGCGGCGCCGCGUGCACCAGGUCAACGGACACAAGUUCAUGGCCACCUUCCUGCGCCAGCCCACCUUCUGCAGCCACUGCCGCGAGUUCAUCUGGGGCUUGGGUAAACAAGGUUACCAGUGCCAAGUGUGUACGUGCGUCGUUCACAAACGGUGCCAUUCAUCCGUUGUCACCAAAUGCCCCGGCAUGAAGGAAGAGCAGCAGGGCGGCGCGGGCGUGGCGGGCGGCCAGCGGUUCAACGUGAACGUGCCGCACCGGUUCACCGUGCACUCGUACAAGCGGUUCACCUUCUGCGACCACUGCGGCUCGCUGCUCUACGGACUCAUCAAGCAGGGCCUCCAGUGUGAAGUAUGUUCCAUGAACGUGCACAAACGGUGCCAGAAGAACGUCGCGAACAACUGCGGCAUCAACACAAAGAUGAUGGCCGAGAUACUAAACGAGAUGGGCAUCUCGCCCGACAAAAACCCCAGGCCUCGACCCUCCAAGUACCUGAACACGGCGCUGCUGGAGGGCGCGGCCGAGCUGGUGUCGUCGGCCGACUCCGACUGCAAGGAGCACGGCGACAAGCACGACGACAAAGUAAGUGUGAGUAUGGCGUGGCGUGCAGCGCCGCCAGGGGGCGCGCGGUCGCACUGGGACGACCUCGCGGACAUAUUCGCCUGCACCGACCAAGGUCCGCAGGAGAACGGCACCGCGUACCGCUCGCAGUGGGCGGACGAUCUCACCGAUGUGUCCAUCACAUACGAAGGCGGCGAGGGCGCGGGCGGCGGCGCGGCGCGGGACAAGGUGUCGCUGGACGACUUCCACUUCAUCAAGGUGCUGGGCAAGGGCUCCUUCGGCAAGGUCAUGCUCGCUGAGAAGAAGGGCACCGACGAGGUGUACGCGGUGAAGGUGCUGAAGAAGGACGCCAUCAUCCAGGACGACGACGUGGAGUGCACGCUGACGGAGCGGCGCGUGCUGGCGCUGGCGGCGCGGCACCCGUUCCUCACGGCGCUGCACUCCGCCUUCCAGACGCGCGACCGCCUCUUCUUCGUCAUGGAAUACGUCAACGGCGGCGACCUCAUGUUCCAGAUACAGAGCGCCAGGAAGUUCGACGAGCCGCGCGCCAGGUUCUACGCGGCGGAGGUGACGCUGGCGCUGCAGUUCCUGCACUCGCACGGCGUCAUCUACCGCGACUUGAAGCUGGACAACAUCCUGCUCGAUCAGGACGGCCACAUCAAGAUCGCCGAUUUCGGCAUGUGCAAGGAGGGCAUACUCGAUGGUGCUACCACCACAACGUUCUGUGGUACUCCUGAUUACAUCGCGCCUGAGAUCCUACAGGAGCUAGAGUACGGCCCGUCGGUGGACUGGUGGGCGUUGGGCGUGCUGCUGUACGAGAUGCUGGCGGGGCAGCCGCCCUUCGAGGCCGACAACGAGGACGACCUGUUCGAGAGCAUCCUGCACGACGACGUGCUCUACCCCGUCUGGCUCUCCAAGGACGCCGUCUCCAUACUCAAAGGGUUCAUGACGAAGAGCCCGGCGCGGCGGCUGGGCGUGGCGGGCGGCGCGGCCGGCAUCCGCCACCACGCGUUCUUCCGCGACGUCGACUGGGACGCGCUCGCGCAGCGCCGCCUGCGCCCGCCCUUCCGCCCCAAGCUCAUGAGUAAGCGCGAGGCGGUGAACUUCGACGCGGAGUUCACGAAGGAGGAGCCGGUGCUGACGCCCGUGCCCAACGACGUCGUCCGCACCAUCAACCAGGAGGAGUUCCGCGGCUUCUCGUUCGUGAACGCGGACUUCAGCCUGGCGCCCGCCUACGACAAGACGCCCGUCGGCUGAGCGGCCGCCGCCACCGCCGCCGCCUCCACCGCUCUCACCUCACACUCUGUAACUAUCGUUUUGUACGUCUGUCUCUCUCUCCGCGGCUAGUCCGGGCAGCGCUCGAGUCGUCCGAAGGCUCACGGACGGCGUGCAGUGCUGCCGGCGACGCCGCCACGUCUCUCCGUACCGUCUGAUUUCUUGUGACGCCGCGCCCGCAGUGGCCGCCGGGCCGCCGCCGGGCCGCCGCCGGGGGACGGCGGCUGCCGCGCCUCGCUAGUCGAUAAUAUUAAACUAAAUAUAUAUUAAUACGAUUGCAAGUCUCAGGUCACCGGUGCAGGGAUGGAUAUUUUUUUCAGCCGUGACCAUCGUAGACGAUAUGUAAUGGCUAGCGCGAUUAUUGAUUGUUGUAAAUAUUGAGGGAAUGGGUCGCGUACAUGUGUGUAAAGUAGGGCGCGUCGCGGCGGACGAUCAGUAAACCCCAUUCGCGUUAGUGGCGUGCCGUUGUGUGCGUGCGUGUGUGUGCGUGUGCGUGCGUGUGCGUGUGCGUGUGCGUGUAUGCGGCCGCUCGGUCGCCGUCGGUUCGUUCGCUCGCUCGCUCGUUCGCUCGCUCGCUCGCUCGUUCGUCCGCUCGGCGGCCGCGGAGGUCGCGCCGAGCCGCCGUCCGUACGGUCGGUUCCUAGUUAGUCGGUGGCGGCGUAGCUCGCUUCUAGUCCCUCGUCGUGUAUCCACAGUAGGCUCGCAGCCCGACUACCAAUACUCAUUAUGUGGCCGCGCUUCGCACGUGCAGUAUUAAUUUUCCAGCGGCGCCUGUAUUGUACGCGCCAGUGUUACCGUGCUGGCGGCCGAGUCGUAUUGACGAAUUUUGUAUUAUAAGAGAUUAUUGUAACGUUUAGUCUUAUUUUGUGACACUUUUGUGUUGAGAUUAUUUUGAAGUAUUUUUAGCGCGUAUAUUUUUUGUUUUGUUUUGUAUUUUAAUUAGUACUAAAAGUACAAAUUGUGCCUGCCGCUUCGAGUUUAGGAAAUUGAUCAAAUAUUUGCAGCCUCUGCUGAAAUUUUAUCGAAUAAUUUAGAUACUGAAAUAUUCGAAAUUGUUUGUAACGGUUUUUAUUAAUUUAUUUUAUUUAUCGAAUUAUAAGGAAUAUUUUAAGAUGUAAUGGCGGAUAAUGCGUAUAUUGUUGGCAACGAAAAGGGAACCAACAUACGAGUAAGAAAAAAUUUUAUAGUUUUAGUUCAAAAUAGAAUCUGUUGAUUCAUUAUUUAAUGUCCAACAUUAAGUAAAUAAAUAUAGUAUAUUUAUUAUUGCGGUUGCAGCAAACAACUUUACAAUUGUCAGUAGCGCUAGUCGAUAGCGCCCCGUGCUCGUAUACCUUUUCGUGGUCGAUUGUCUUUCACGUGGCUAAUUGCUGUCCGUCAUAAGGACUUGGUUUCUACAUCAGACAAUGCAAUUAUAAUCCAGUGACCGUUAUUGCCAUAGAUUAAUUAUAUCUAGAUAGUGCAUCCUAUUAUCAACGUUUGACAACCGCCUAUUUUUCUAAAAAGCUGCGUUUUGUUUUUUUUUUUUUUUAUUAAUAUUCAGAAUGUAUAAAAUUAUAUUAAUUUUGCUAAUGCAGACUUUAAAUGAACAGUAAUUGUCAUUUAUUAUUAAUUUUAAUUUAAUUUUACUAUAUUAUACUAUCAGAUUUUACGUGAUGAAAAUCUUUUGUCCGUGUUUUCUCACUUUUGACUCUCCGUCUAGAUGUAUUUGAUCUUUUGUAUUUUAUUACGUGAGUGAAUGCCUGUACAGAGUCCAAGAUUCAGUACUUGUUAGCUUUGGAUGUAAUUUAUUAAGCAAUCCAAUACAAAUCCUUUCCUUUAAUCAUUCAUAUUUAUUAGUUGUUAAAUUAGUAUUGAAAGGAGAAGUUGUUUAAAUGGCAUUGAAAUGUUUUUAUUUAUUUUAUUUGGUUAAAUGCUUUAAUUAAAUAAUAAGGGUGUUCUAUGAAUCAUAGGCUGUCUUUGCGCCUAUAAGUUUUUCUCACGUAAGAACGUUAAAUUUGUAAAUGUAAAUUACAUUUAUUGAUUUAUCAGUUAAUUACGUUAACUACUUAAUUCACUUCGUAAGUAAAAUUUGCACAUAAUAUAAGAGAGGCACUAAAUAUGUAUAUAUGGCUGCGAGACUUGUACUCUGUACAGAUGUUUUCUCUUACUUUCUCUCGAUGUAUUUAUCUGUACUUGAAGUACACUGUAUAGUAUUAAUCUGUUUAAUUUAUAAUGCAAAACCAAAGGUGUUAAGUUUAUUCGUUUAGUUGUUAACUGAACGUGUUUAGUGGUAUACAUAUAUAUAUAUAUAUACACACACAGUGUGGCGUGUUCGGCCGUUGACCGGCGGCGCCGAGUCCUGCGGCAAACAAACAUCAAUGCACAAAUGUAAUGCUUUAUGUAGUUGUUAGUAUAUAAUAAUUAUAUAUAAAUAAUAUAAAUUAUAAAUCUCUACGUGUUCCCGGUAUAUUGACAUGUCCAUGUGUAAUCACCUUUUAUAUUUUAUCUGUCGUUUAUUUUUUAUAAUUGUUCGAAUGUUACGUUUGUAUAAAACAGUUUGAUUUCGUUUGGAGUGUACGGACUAACACUGGGCCGGUCGAUGUCCACAGCGCUCGCGUUGAACCCGCGGCUCGCAGACACGCCAUAUGGCCAUGGCACUGUCAUAUAUGUGGGCAUAAUAUUAUUCGACCAUGUAAUUCCUUUCAACAUGACUGCUCAUGUAUGUAUAUAUAUGAUAAGGUAUGGUCCCACAUAUAUGAUAAUGUAAUAACUCAUGUACCGUGUUUAAAUACCACCGAUCACCUUUCGAGGGAGAUGUAUGCCCUCGUACUCCGAUAGGUGGCGCUAGUUGGCACUAUUUCGGAAGCGUUUUUGUGUCACUCUGUGAAUAUUGAUUUUCCUAAGACGCAACUGUAUUGAUAUGUUUGACAGUCACAAUGUUAGUAUACAUGGUUUAUAGAUCUAGAACUCUCACAGUGAUACAGGACGUUUCCGAAUCUGUGGGCGCGUUUGCGAGGCUCGUUGGACGUCUCUCCGGUUUCUAGUGUAAGCUGAUGUAUGCGCCGAUUAAUUUUUUGAUGUGGAUCAUACUAAUACUGGAGUUAUAGUGUAUAGCCAUUGUUAGUGUACGUUGAACAGGCGUGUGACCGGUGGCGUCGCGUGCAGCGGCGUCGACCGUGGAUUUAUUUAUUCAGUCGUUUCAUAGUUGUGUGUUGUGCGCGUGUGUGUCUGCGUGUGCGUUUGUGUGCGUGCGUGCGUGCGUGCGUGCGUGUGUGUGUGUGUGUGUGUGUGUGUGCGCUCCCCAUCUGAUGUUGCGUUUCUUCAUAAAAAUUACUAAUUGUUGUGACGUUAGCGAUCGUGAGAUAUCUAGCGAGAGUCAUUCGUUUUUAUUUGUCUAGCAUAUUCGAGCAGUCUACGUAGGCUUUCUGUUGUGAGUCAAUAGUUGAUUUAAUACAUAAACAGAUUACUUUGUCAUACAAAUUAGAGCUCUAGUUAUAUUCUUCACUGAGUCUAUUGUUCUUUGGUUUUUGACGUAUAUAUUUACACACUUGGAUACUAUGUAGCGCUCUCCAUUGGUAUAUUGAUAUAUCCUUGAAGUGAUAUGUUACCGACAAUGUCUAGUCACAAAUUAUAUUCUCAAGUUACGUCCCAGGCCUGCGAGGUUGGGACAGUUGGGACGGUUGGGAGUAACAGUUACCCUAUCGCCGACUGUUAUUAUUUUGGGGCUGAUUAAGUAAAUAAAAAAAAUAUUUUUUAUUAUUAAUAAACAUAAUUAUAAGCAUUUUUGAAUAGUCGUUUAUUUGUGUAUCUACCGCCCAGUUUGGAAUGCAAGUACAGCUGAGAAGAAACAGGGCAAAGCAACUUAGCUGUUACUGUUUUUCAAAAAGUCGAGUUUACAAGUUGAAAAAGAAUUAAACGGGUACAAAGAGUAUUGCAAAGUUUGUAUUAAAAAAAGAAACUAUUAUAAUUCGCAGUAUUCUAGAACAGAUCGGUCCCAAUGAGGUUGUAAGUUUUUUUUUUUUUUACUUUGGGUAAAUUAUUGAAUAAAGUAUUUUAGUUCAUAUUGUAUUAUAUUUCAACUGUCGCCAUUGUUAAGAAACCCAGUGAUUAGCACCUUUAUUGGGGCGCCCUUCGAAUAGUUUAUUUUAUCCAGCAUCGCGUGUUGCUUUGUUUUAUCACCCUUACAACGAAUCGUUUAGUUAGACUUUGUUACGACAAUUAUUUCGUUGUGAAUAACCAAUGUAUGUUUCUCUUCUCUUCUCUUCUAUUUGGUAAACAGUCUCGAGAGAAAUUAAUUAUUUAACAAUAAGUUAAAUCUUAAAUGAUAUUUUUUUUUAAUUUAAUUAUUAAAAGAAAUUAAACCGGUCAGUUAAAAGACGUGCGGUCGUUUUGAUCUUAUGUAUGUAGUUUGUGGAAUGAGUUUUCCCCUGAGGUUUUCCAUCUGAGCUACAAUUUGGGGUUUUGUUAAACGACAAACAACGCACUGGUUACUCGCCACUUGAUCCAAGUAUUCGUGGACGGUAGCCACUUCCCAUCAGGUGGUCCGUCAACUUGUUUGACCAACAAUAAAAAAGGUUGUCUAAUUGAUUAAAAUUAUUUUGUUUAAUUCCGCUACCAUUCGUUUUUUUUAUAACUACAACUGCUAAUUUGAGUUUUGACAACUAUUCUCAUCGGGAAAGGGAGGGGUGGCUCAUUCUAUGCCGGGACCACAUGGCUUUGAUAAUAAUAAUAAUAAUGUUUAUUUACUUAUCUCACAACUUUUUUGAGUACAAUGAAACAUUUAAAAUAACACCAUAGCUUUAACCCUUUGCACUCGAGCGGCGUCGAUACGGCGCCCGGUAGAUUCGAAGUGGCAACUCGAGCGGCGCUGCUGCGGCGCCCGAGUGUUUUAAAACUUUAAAUCGAACUACGCUGCUACGACGCUAUGGUUUUUUGUAACUGGAUCUCCUUAUUUACAAUAUGCGAUAAGAUUGUUUUCUCGGAAGGCCGAAAUCGUCCCGAGUUGCUGGUUCGCGCAAGCGAAAAAUGCCUCGAGUGCAAAGGGUUAAUUUACCAUGGCUUUAACUAAUAAUGGUUAUUAAUUCUUAAAUGUUAACAGUUGUACGCAUACUAUUCUGCAAAUCUUCUGUAAAUAUAAAAAAAAAGAUUGUUUACUAAAAUGACAAGUGAAGGAAAACAUACACUAGAUCCAAUUUCGAACGCUCGGAAUUCUGAACUUUGCUGGAGUGUUGCCACUUUCUGUUCGUGUUACGUUAGUCGUACUUUAUAUUCUAUACUACAUACAUUUUUUCCAACGACUUUCUCAAGUCUAAGUUCCUCGACGGCUCAUUUACACACAGAUGAAUCGAUAUUUUUCCGAAUCGAACAUUAACACGCAUCGCUUUUAUUUUACAAGUGGCUUAUCAAGCCUUUUUUUUUAUUAAUGAAACUGUUAACCCCGCCUGCGCUAUCGGUAUAGCCUGGCGAGGCUCCAAUGAUGGAUGAUAGGUGAGGAUGAAGCAGAUUAGUUGGCCAAUGAAUUGGACAAGAAUUACCACGAUGGUUUCAGGAGGGAACAGCGUGGAGGUCGUCCUGAUAUGGUAUAUUGUUAGCAAUAGGACGAUUAAACUCGGAUUACGAUCUCCCUCACGUUUCACCCACAAUCGAAUCGUGAAAUAUUACGGGUUUAAAUUUUUAAACAUUCAUGAUCGUUAUACCAGUCGUUAGUUGUCCAAUGUUGGGCAUAAGUCUCCUCCAAGUUUUUGACCAUUUUUGGACCAUCAGUGCCGGAUGCUUAAGUGUAAACGGGCCGUAAUUUGGGACGAUUAUUUUCCACACGUCUGUGUUCUCAUCGCCGAUUUUACGUUUUUUGAAGAGUUUUUGAGAGAUUUUAAUUUUUCUACAUUAUACAAGAAUAUAAUUUAUUUUAAUUAAAUAAAAUUAUACUUUAAAUAUAAAUAGUUAAAUGUAGUACAAUUGAGUAGUUGAGCGUACCGCAGUCGCUAUAUGUACAGAGCACAAAAUGAAGCUAUAUAGAGUGGAGCACACUACACUACACUAUACUACACUACCUACUACACUACACUACACUACACUACACACGGUUGUAGACAUACUGUGGAGGUAAUGUAAUAUUAUAACUCGAAAUAUAUCAUAUGUUAUAUAGUGAAUGGUGACAGCCGAUGGUUUAGUUUGAAUUCGUAGCUUGUACGCCAUCAUUUAUUGUUGUAUACCAUGGGAUAAUAUGUCCUCAGUUUAUUAUAAAUAAUAUAUAAUAAAUAUGCCUGUAACAGCUUCGAGAGGGAAUAGAUUCUUUAAAACUAAAUUCUUGGUUUACAUAGAUAUUUAUUUUAUUAUAUGGCCUGUUGUAAUUCGUGUGAUAUGAAUCCUAAUUCUGUGUUAUCCAAGAUUGUUUUGUUUUUUUUUUUGAAGAAAUUUGUGAAUAAAAUCCCAUUGAAAACAUUGAAAUUUGAAGCGUGGAAUUUAAAAUUGCAUGGUUAUUUUUUAACUGUGGUGCUGUCAAAACUAGUAAUCUAUUAAUGUAAGACAGAAACAAUGAAAAUACUGGAAAAUUGUAAUAAAAAAAAAAAAAAAGUAAUGUAAUUAUUUAUGUAACAGUUAAAAUUGUAAAUUGGUUAAAAGUGCUGUUUUUAGCCUAUUUUUUUUUGCAAUACUUUUAACCUUUUUAGGAUUUUAACUGUGCUAUGUUCACUUAAUGUUUUGUUUUAAACUGAGGAUGUAUAUUUCCAUUCGUUUCGCAUCAUAGUUAGUGAGUACGCCUGUAAAUGAUCACGCCGCAUCACCACCGUCGCUCCGGUGGUGAUUCGAAUAAUAGUGAGUUUAUUUAGUUAUGUUCCUGUCACCGUAUGUGCCAAAUGACCUCGAAUUACAGAUUAUAUCAGCGGUGGCCGGCCGGUUUGUACUGUAUAUUGCGUGUUACCGCAAUUUGCAUACUCUUGCAUUUAAAAUUGUACAGUGUACACUUCGUAUUAAAUACAUGUUAAAGGACUGAGAAGAAAAACUUAAUACUAAUUGGAAAUAAAGCGUCAAUAAUAUAAAUAGACAAAGAAUUUACUAAAAAAAAUCGAUAUUUUUUGUAAGAAUACGCAGCUUAGAUAGAAAGAUAGAUACUCUAUUGUUUCCUUUAAAAGAUUACAGUAGUAAACCUAUUAUAGAUUCAAACCGUUACAAGAAGUUAGUUUUUUUAUGCGACUUAGAAUGGCAAACAAACUGACGGCCCACCUGAUGGAAAGUGGUAACCGUCGCCUAUACACAUGAGCAGUACAUAACUGCUUAUGUCUAUAGGCGACGGUUACCACUUUCCAUCAGGUGGACCGUCAGAUUGUUUGCCAUUCUAAGUUGUAUAAAAAAAAAAAAUUUAUUUGUUAUGUUAGAAAAAAUAUGUUUGGGAAUGUCCUAUUAUGAAACUGUCCAUGUACAAUCAAGUGUAGUCACUACAGUGUGUGAUUGCGAUGACGGGUAAAGUGUACACAUAAUGUCAAACAGCCGGCCACAGCGACUAGAUACAUACAUUAUUUAUAAAUAGCAAUGCAUAUAGCUUGGUGCUACAGCGAGCCGCGCCCUAUUGUAAUACUAGUGUUACGUUUGCAUAGACGUCUAGUUGUUUUUAUAUAAGUUUAGAGGAUUCUUUAUAUGCGCAAUAUUGUUGUUCAUUACAUUGGAAUAUUGGAGUGUUACUUUGUAUGUUUUUAUAUAUAUUUUUUCUUUCGAAUAUAUAUAUAUUAACAAUUGAUAUGAAUAUACGAAUGUUUUGUAUUAUUAACAUGUUAAUUGGUGACAGUAGCAAAUGCAACUAAAUUGGGCUGAUUCUGGACUGUGCUAAGUCUAUUACUAAAGUUACAGUUAGUUCAAGGAGUACAGUUUAGAAUCGUUACCAAGUAUGAUGUUUAAGGUUAGAAUCUAAAUGUUUAUCAUUGAAAUAAAAUAAAAUUUUACAUAUAGGCUUUGAUUGUUCAGAAUCUGUUUCUAUUCAUUGCAUGUAGUUUUACUUCCUUUAAUCUUUUGACGUUUUUAAUCUGUCAUAAACCUGUUUUAGCUAUUGAACUGUUUUGUCUCUUUCUUUUGUACUAAAUUUCCAAUUUGAAUGAAAGUGAUAGAACAUUGUAAUAGCUAAGAUUUGUAAGUGUUUUUUGUUUUUAUGAAUAAUGGGGUUCGGGUAUAUUUAUUGAAUGUUUAAUAUGUUUUGUUUAAAAAUAUGUAAUAAAACAAACAAUAUGUCGAGUAGUGAGUCACUGCACUUCGGGGGCGUGGCCUAACUGGUUUGCUCCCUACGUGACACAAUUUAGUUUUUUUUUUUUCUAAAUUAUAAAUAAGUUUGUCUCACUUCAACUUGUUUUUUGUCGUUUAUCGACUCGUGUCCACUUUGGAAAUGUUCAGUUUUACUAGCAGUAACACUGCCUUAAAAGUUGCUUCAAUUUGCCCUGUACAAGCAUUGUGGGAGUACAGUGCCCGGUUGCGUUUGCUAUUGAGGAGUGGGGCGCGGCCACGCCACGCUCGCUGCAAGACGCUCCGUUGUCCAUUAUAUGACGAACAGGUAACUGUUCGAUGCCAUACGUUAGCCGAUAGCAACUUGACAUAUCACGCUAUAUUUCGUUGAAUUGUAAACAUAUAUUUUAUAAUAGAUCUGUUUCGCGAACAGUGGCGCACCACUAGUGGGGGCUGCACUGGUUACAUUGUUAGGGGCUUGCAAAACUCUCAAAUACAAUCUAAUAUACAUACAUAUUUAUAGAUUUAUGAAUUAAUGCACUUUUGUUAACACAGGUAAUAUAGUGAGUUUUUUUUUUUGUACUCUAAAUUGUGAUCUAUGUGAGCCCUAUAGCCUCGGUUAGUGGUGCAUCACAAUUACUGUUGUUACAUCCAAGAAGUUUAUAGCCAAAUAUAUAUAUAGCGAAGUGAACAGAAAAAAAAAUAAUUAAAAGAAAGAAGGAAAAUUAUUUUCAUUUAACCAAACUUGGCUUCGAUUGAUUUUAACUUGUAACGAGAGAAGCUGCUACAAAGUGGUGCUAUUACUCCAUCUCGCUCACACUCAGCGCUAAUGUCGAGACAGAUAUAGGCUUUUUAAGGUGUAAUGGAAGGCGUCAACUCUGUUCACUUUGCAAUAUUAACUCGGUUGUAAGCUUGUUGCAUUGUACCGCUGAUUAGAGAUGUCCUGUGUCAGACAUAGCACAUUGUAUAGACGUAUUUGCAAUUUUCACAGAUUUUUUUAAAAUAUCAUAUUUAUAGUUAUACUCCAAUCUGCAGACUUUAUAUUAAUAUACUACGAAUUAAUGCAAUUUUAAUUGAUUCGAAUCUGUAAUAAUAGACAAAAAAAAAAAAAAACUAUGAGAGAAAAGAAAAACAUAACAAAAGAAUGAGUAAAAUUUUUCAUCGUGCCUCCGACCAAAUUGUUUAUAAUUACUUCUCUCUAUCCAAAGGUUGCGUGGAAGAGAUCGCUCUUAGCGAUAAGGUCGCCCAUUGUUUUCUCACUGUGAUUAUUUCUUGUAAUUGUUUAUAUUUAUAAUAAGUUUACUAUUGUAAUCUUUUGGAGGAAACAAUAAAGAGUAUCUAUCUAUCUAUCUAUCUAAAAUAAUUAAAAAUACAAAUUUACAGAUCCUAUAAGAAUCUUUAGUUGAUAAUUUAUAAAUUGUAUAGAUAUAUGUAUACUUGUAUAGCCAGUCAGUCGAGUGAAUAUUAAUUUAAUAUUUAUUUACUAACAAACGUUGGAUGGUUCCUUUAUAUAAUUAAUUAUUUGUACUUGAUUACAAAAUUAAGUUUUUAACAUAUUUUAUGAAAUUUUGGAUUGUUAACGUUGUACUUAAGUGUGUUUCUAGACAUGGAUUUCGUUUUAUUUAUAUGACGUCAUUAAGGUUUCGUUUUGACCACCGUGCUGUUUAUGUUAAUCGUUAAAUGAAGAUCUAUUAGAAUGUUUUAAUUAUAUCAAUAGUUAGUUAUAAUUGUUGAAGUUCAAUUCCCUAUUUUGUCAAAUCUUUACAUUUGGCAAGCGAGGUAUUGUUUACUGCUAAUGUUUUUGGAUAUAACCCCAGCUGUGCGAGAUUAAGGCACUAUCCAUAUUAGAACAGAUGGACUUAGCUUAGUGUAUGUAAAAUAAUUUUAAUAUAUAAUAUUGAUUUUAUAUUACAUUUCCUACGUAUGUCCCGUUUUCAUCAGUUGUAAUAUGGAUAGGCCUUAAAUGAUAAAUCUAUUAAUAUACGUAAGGCAUAAUAUUUAAUGUGAAAUUUAUUACAACAAUCCUAUAAUUUGCAUUUGUCAAAUACUAUUUUAUUUGCCCACGAAUCGUGCAAUGGUUUGUGAAAAUUGCAAAUUUAUUGAAAUGUUAUUUUGUACUCAUUUUUAAAAUGGCUUUUUUAUAUAAAUAUAUUUUACGCUUCCCAGAGGUAUAAAGCCAAAGAGUGGUAUAUUGUACAAAGUGGCUUUGAGCCUAUAUUUUGUUGUUUAUAAGUUGUUGUCUUGCCAGUGGUAAUCAGAUAUGAAUAUAAAUAGUAUAUAUAUAUAUAUAUACAAAAAAAAAAAAUGUUUUGUGUGGUUGAACAUUGUUCCGUGCGGGGUGCACAUUCCUCUAUUAAUUACAACUGCAUCGUACUCCCAUUUUGAAGUGCCGUUCUCUAUCUCCCUCUAAAACUAAAAUUUCACUCUUAAUAUUGUGGUGACCUAAUUAUUUUUAAAUCAUUAUGAAGUAAGUUUUGAUAGAUUUUAGUGGAAACUGCUUUUGGUUCACAGUAUCGAAUGUUAAUACCAACCAUAAUAAAUUCUUGCUCAGAUGUGACAUUACAAUUUUCAUGCUAAAUGCAGCGAAGCCGUUUAGAUAUAUCUUCCCUUUAAACUUUGCAUAUGUAAGCAUUUUUAUGAGCCGAAAAAAAUGGUACACCCUCUGCGUUAUUCAGUGGGCAUAUACUGGCGGGGUACCAGUGACGGAUGAAAGGUGGAAUGAAAUCAGGUCAUGUGGCUCAACUUGACCGAUUCAGCAGGAAUUAAUCAGGUUGGUUUCCUUGGGUAUUUUUUUAAUGGGUGAUAAUGGAAUGGUAAUCCCGCCUGCGCUAUCGGGAUACGCUGGCGGGGCAUCAGUGAAGGAUGAUAGGUGAGGAUGAAGCAGGCCAGUUAGCCCAUCGUGACGAAUUCAAUAAGAAUUGUUCAAGAUGGUUUCCAGGGGGAACCGCGAGGAGGUCGACCUGGUUGGGUAUAUUGCUAGCAAUAGGAUUCUCAGUCUCCAUUACUAACAAUCCCUUUUCCCCCUACUUAAACUAUAAAAAAUUCAAAAUUUUAAUUUUAGAGUUACAUUUAGAGAAUGGAACUUCAGAAUCGGUCAUUAUUUAUUCUUUUGCGCCGAAACAGGUUUUUUAUGUGAUUAAAAACAGUUAUUGAGGGUGCCAACCUAGUCAUUUUAGAGUAUACGUUGGCCUCGUAGGUAGUGCACCUCGCACUACAUACGUAUGUAUAAAUCGUUUGUGUUAAUUAAUUGUAGCUAACACAGAGAUUAUGAGAUCUGUUGCUCGCGCCGCGGCCGCGCCGCUGGCCGCCAGCGGUUGUGCCGUCGGCCGCGACCCACCAGCGCUGCGGCCGCGAGCUCCGGCAUACCCGUAUUUGUUGUUUCACUGAUCACUAUUAGGACACAUUUAGCUGAGUAAAUUAAUGCAUAUAAUAUAGUUUUAUGAUGAGAUGAAAUAUGUAUAUGUAAUCCUACAUGUCUAUUAAAUCAAUGAAAAUAGAUUAUAAA